AUGCCACAAGUGCACAACCGGAAGUUGGCGAUGAUGGCCGACAGUAGUAUCUUUAACAAAAACUCAAGAUACAUGGCGACCAAUCGUAUGACAGAGGGAAGCAAAAGACGGAUUCGCGCCUUCAACUUCGUUGAAAACAAACUAACACGAAUUAAACUAAACUUUUUCGAUCGCCAUGCGGAGAUUGACUUGAGGCGCCGGGAACGCGAACGUCAGACAAUAAUGGACAGUCUGAAACGCACUCUGGCUUACAAGCUGGUGGUGGAAAAGCACAACGUAACGAACGCUGUCGACUAUCAAAAGGCGCUCGAUGAUGAUUACUCCAGCACAGCGCUCCGACAUGACGUCAAACACAUGAUGCAAUACAUGGAACCAGAUAAAGUGCGAGAGAGGAAGGCAAAAGCUCUGAUCAAUGAAAACCGUCGGCGAUACACCAACAUCAUACAGAGAAACAAAAACUCUUUGGAUCUUAUCUGUCCACCAAAACGUACUUCCAGAUAUCUGUUUGAUGAGGACGCGCUCAAGAAAAAUGAAGACGAUGAGGAGAACUCAAGAGCACCGUCUACAGCGGAACCAAGCGGCGCGGGUAGCAUUUUCGCGCGACGUUUGCCUUUGAAACCUUUGCUUCCUACGAAAAAGCAUACCAUUACGCGCUCUUUCCUUUUAGAGAAUGCACAGAAGUCAAUGGACGUUAUGGACACUAACCCAUCACCAUCCAAACACGCUUACGACCUUCCCCCUGUACAACUUCACAAAAAGUUCCCUCCAGCAAUUGCUGUUCAGGCAUAA